AUGCACUAUGACUUCUUCUUGACAAACAUAAAGAAUCUUACUGAAAUAAAGAUGUAUGAUUUAACUGAAUAUGAAGGCUUAACGAUGUCAGAUGUUAAGAAAGGAAAGCCACAGAAGCGACCAUAUAGAGAUGAAAGCACACUGACAGAAAGACAGAAAAGAUUAUUGAACAGACUUAAACAAACAGGAGAUAAACAAGAUAUAGAUGACUUCUGGAAUGAAAUCCUUGGUGAAAAGAAGUUUUAUAAGAAGAGAAGCGGUCAGUUCUGGAAGUAUCUUUGCACAUUACCUAUAAAUCUUGAACGCUACCAAAUCUUCAAUGAACUGAACAAAAGAACUGCAACACUUAUGACAGAAGACAAUUGUUUCGUUUAUGCUUGCAUUCAGGCUGGAGUAAAUGAAGAAACUAUUGACCACAUGAGAGAAGUCAUUCGUGUUAGAGACUUUCCUCAAAGUAAAGUACAAGAAAUUUCUGACGCAACAGGUAUAGCAUUUAAUGUUACCAUUGGUUAUUUCAAUGACUCAAGACAUAAUGAAAUAAAGAGAUACAUACCAAAAGAAUGUAAAACUGUUCGAACUAUUGACUUACUUCUUGUUGAAGACCACUACAUGCUAAAUGAAAGAUUACCAAUGACAACAUAUUUCAUUCGCAACUAUAUAGAAAUCUUGAAGGAGUGUGGUGGAAUGAACAUUGAGAAACAGAUGAAGAUUUAUACAAAGAGAGAGAACAAAUAUGUAGUUCGUUAUGAUAGAACUACACCGUUAUGGGAUGUUAUGAAAACAUUGUGGGAGUGCAAAUAUUUCGAACCUAUUUCUUAUGGAGAACUUUUCACAUAUACUACUGACUUAUAUAAACAGAACCUUGCACCAUUUAAAGAUUUGACAUAUGCUCCAAAGUAUUGUUUACAACUGAAGAAGAAAGCCGAGUCAAAAGAAGUAAAUAAAAAUAAGUGCAAGUUCAUUCCUGAGCACGUUUUCUUUGCUGACUUUGAGUGUAGUACGGAUGGCUUUCAUAAAGCUUUUAACAUCUGUUAUGACAGUGAAGAUGGUUCAGUGAGUGAAAGCAUUUGGGGUCAGAACUGUGCAACAGAAUUUUUGGAACGACUUCCUGACAAGAGUUUAAUAUAUUUCCAUAACCUCAGCUAUGAUAUAAACUUCAUCUUAAGACACAUGACAGAAGUGAAAGGAACUCCCAUCAUUAAAG